CGUACAGGAGGAGGGAGAGAGAGAGAGAGAGAGAGAGAGGGAGAGGGAGAGGAAGAGAGAGAGAGAGAGAGAGAGAUGCUGGAGGAGGUUGGUAGAUUCAUAUCGGCUUGGACGGAGAGCUGAUGUGACAGCGGGGAGGGGGGGAAGCCGAAACUUGGAUUUCUACCUCACUGUCCUGCUUGUGUCCAUGUCUAUCCUGGGCUGAUGUCAGAAUGUCGGUGAACCCCCCCAGCAGUAACGAUGCCUGCCUCAGCAUCGUGCACAGCCUCAUGUGCCACCGACAAGGCGGCGAGAAUGAAGGCUUCGCCAAGAGAGCCAUCGAGAGCCUGGUCAAGAAACUGAAGGAGAAGAAGGAUGAGCUGGACUCGCUCAUCACCGCCAUCACCACCAACGGCGUCCAUCCCAGCAAGUGCGUCACCAUCCAGAGGACGCUAGACGGAAGACUGCAGGUGGCUGGACGGAAAGGUUUCCCCCAUGUGAUCUACGCUCGUCUAUGGCGCUGGCCGGACCUUCACAAAAAUGAGCUGAAGCACGUCAAGUUCUGCCAGUAUGCCUUCGACUUGAAGUACGACAACGUGUGUGUGAAUCCGUAUCACUACGAGAGAGUCGUCUCUCCCGGCAUCGUUGGCCUCAGCCUACAGAACACAGCUCCGUCCGGCAGGCUGAUUAAAGAGGAAUACACCCACGACUGCGUUCAGAUGGACGUUCCUCCUGGUUUGCCUCCACAGUCAGACCACCAGGGGGCGAUGAAGCUCCCUGCACCGGAGCAUUACCCCCCACCGCUGCCUCCGUUACAGAUGCCCCCUGAAGCGGCACGCUGCCCUCCGCCUGCCAACCUCUACCCCAACAUGCCCCUCUCUCCAACCGCAUCUGGCUCGAUGAUGUCCAUGCAGGCUGGUCACAAUGAGGGUCUCCUGCAGAUCGCAUCCCCUCAGGCUCAGGUCAUGACCCCGACCCCUCCUCCUUCAACGCCCCCUCAGGCCCCGCCCACUCAGAACGGCUACAACGGCUCCAAACACACUCAGUCACAGGGAUCCUUUCACACUACUUGGACGGGAAGCAGCACGGCCUCUUACACUCCUAUAGGACGCCAACAAAGCAGCCGCGCCCACCAGCCUCCUCUCCACCACCCCCACUACUGGUCUCAGCAUCACAGCUCGUCAUCGUUCCCUCCACCAGUCUCCAACCAUCCAGGGCCGGAGUUCUGGUGCUCUAUCUCGUAUUUUGAGAUGGACGUUCAGGUUGGUGAGAUGUUUAAGGUGUUGUCCAGUUGCCCUGUGGUGACGGUGGAUGGCUAUGUGGAUCCAUCUGGAGGAGAUCGUUUCUGCCUCGGGCAGCUCAGUAAUGUUCACCGUACUGAGGCCAGUGAAAGGGCAAGGUUACACAUCGGUAAAGGCGUGCAGCUGGAGUGUCGAGGUGAGGGGGAUGUGUGGAUGCGAUGUCUGAGUGAUCACGCUGUUUUCGUUCAGAGCUACUACCUGGACAGAGAGGCAGGACGAGCGCCGGGGGACGCUGUCCACAAAAUCUACCCAGGAGCCUACAUCAAGGUGUUCGAUCUGCGUCAGUGCCAUCGGCAGAUGCAGCAGCAGGCGGCCACGGCUCAGGCAGCGGCAGCGGCUCAGGCAGCCGCCGUGGCAGGGAACAUUCCGGGUCCAGGGAGCGUCGGGGGCAUCGCUCCUGCAAUCAGUCUGUCGGCAGCUGCAGGGAUCGGCGUGGACGACCUGCGCAGGUUGUGUAUCCUGCGUCUGAGCUUCGUGAAGGGCUGGGGACCCGAUUACCCACGCCACAGCAUCACACACACACCCUGCUGGGUGGAGGUGCAUCUCCACCGCGCCCUGCAGCUGCUGGACGAGGUGCUACACACCAUGCCUCUGGCAGACCCUGGACCUUCUAACUGAGAGCAGGGAGAGAUAACCACACACACACACACACACACACACACACACACACCACACACACACACACACACACACUGAACAAGCAUGGUUUAAGUCUCUGUUUCAGUACUGUUUAUAACGCAUCCUGGGUGACUUUCCCUCAAAAAAUAUAUCAGUAAUCUAUUGGUUAUUUGUAAUUCUGUAUUUUUAACAUUUUAAACACAUGAUGAUGUUGCUAGGCAAUAAGGAGCUGUGGACUGUAAGGCUAACAAUAUAGCUAGAUAGCAUCACAAAGACUACGUAAAGGUGAAAUGGCAAAGAAAACGGUACAAUCUCAUCAGGAAGACCAACAUUUACCUCAGAUGUGCUGUUUAAUUACUACAAAAAUACUGUGUGUAGCUAAAAUUACACUUUACUUACACAAACAACAAACAGCUUUUACUGAAACGUCAACAUGGUGUCACAAAACAGAGAAUUUUAAAGUGAACAGAGACAAGAGUAGGUUGUUUAGAGCGAAUCAUAAUGUAAACACAGAGAACAUGAUCCUAUUUUGCUUAAGGCAAUCUGUCAGAACUACCAACGUUUACCUCAAACAACAUGAUUACAGGCUACUUACGACUAAAAGGAUGCUACAAACGAGUUUAAUGUAAAGAUUUUCUUCUACAUAGCUAGCAUUCUGACGUGACACUUAGCAUGCUGUUAGCUAACUUGCUAACCUUGCUAGCUGAAUGAGGUAAUAAAUUUAGAUUUUCCUGAAUUGGCUUCAGUCUGAACAAAUUUGAGUUCAUCGACCUGUUUAGCUUUAAGCUUUUUACCUUUUGCGUCAGUUCUUCUCCUGACGUCUACGUGCAGGUUCAAUCCAAAAACAAAACAUAUUCUUGAGUCUGGUUUCUUUGAGAAGAAUCACUAAAGGUUCUAUACUAUAUUGCCAAAAGUUUUGGGACACCCCUCCAAAUCAUUGAAUUCAGGUGUUGUUUUUCAGGGGUUGGGCUCGGCCCCUUAGUUCCAGUGAAAGGAACUCUUAAUGCUUCAGCUUCAUACCAAGACAUUUUGGACAAAUUCAUGCUCUUUGUGGGAACAGUUUGGGGAUGACCCCUUCCUGUACCAACAUGACUGCACACCAGUGACCAAAGCAAGGUCCAUAAAGACAUGGAUGAGUGAGUUUGGUGUGGAGGAACUUGACUGAGUCCUGACCUCAACCCCAUAGAACACCUUUGGGAUGAAUUAGAGAGGAGACUGUGAGCCAGACCUUCUCGUCCAACAUCAGUGCCUGACCUCACAAACGUACUUCUAGAGGAAUGGUUAAAAAUUCCCAUAAAAACACUCCUAAACCUUGUGGAAAGCCUUCCCAGAAGAGUUGAAGCUGUUAUAGCUGCAAAGGGCGGAGUAACUCCAUAUUACAUUCAUGUGCAUGUAAAGGCAGGCGUCCCAAAACUUUUGGCAAUAUAGUGUAGCUAGAAAAGAAAGUGUUUCUUUCACAGAGAGAGAGAAAGACAGAGAGAGAACUCCUAUAGGAAGCUAGGAACAGAAGAGGAACGCUAUUCAGUCAAAGGGGAAGGGGUAGGAGGGCAAGUCGCUAAGGGGGUGUUAAGGACAGUACUGUAACGUAGCCUUACUGUUUAUCACUCAUUAGAUUCAUGCAAAUGCAAUCUAUGGAGCUGUUCCAUAGGGAUGGAAUGUACUUUUUAGCAGAAUAGAUGUAUGUAUUUAAUUUAGCACUGCCUAUCUUCUGAUUAAUGCAAGUCUCCUCUAGGCACGUGUCGAGUGUCAGUCUGUAUCACGGGACUGUGUAUUGUUAUAGAAGACUACCCCUGUGUUCCACUCAGGAGGAGGCUGCCUAGCUCCGCCGCAUUACGGGCACUUUAAACGUGAAGUAAAACCCGUCCCACUCACUAGGCAGCACUCUGUCGUUCAGUUAUAUUUUUUUGUAAAGAGUCGUUUCAUUUGAAUGGAUAAUUGUGAUAACGUCAUAAACUGCAAUAAACGGUCAGUCAGUUAUCGUGAUACGUGAAGGUGAUAUCGGCACGUGCCUAGCUUUCACAGGGUUGAGUUCAGGGAAAUAGCUUUACUGCCCCGUACACUCUCCGAAAUCAGAAGAUGCUAAACUGUAUCCUUCCUCGUCGCCGAACUUUUACCUGGUAUUUUUUAAAAGAUGGACAGUGGUUUAGUGGUUAGGGUGUCUGCCUCACACCUCCAGGGGUUGGGCUCUGAGUUUGGAUGUUCUCGCGGUGCUUCAGGGGUUUCCUCUGGGUUCUCUAGUUUCCUACUGCAGUCCAAAGACAUCCAAUAUAGGCUGAUUGGCAUCUUUAAAAUUGUCCACUGUGUGUCUGUGGGUGUGUGAGAUUGUGCCCUGUGUUGGGUUGGCACCCCGUCCAGGGUAUCCCCUGCCUUGUGCCCCUCCCCCAUCUUAUCUUGAUGAAAGCUUUUUUGUUGCACUAAAGGUAAAAAAAAAUAUAUACACCGAUUAGCCAUAACAUUAUGACCAGUGAGAGGUGAAGUGAGUAAGACUGAUGAUCUCCUCUUCCUGGCACCUGUUAGUGGGUGGGAUAUAUUAGGCAGCAAGUCAACAUUUUGUCCUCAAAGUUGAUGUGUUAGAAGCAGGAAAAAUGGACAAGUGUAAGGAUUUGAGCGAGUUUGAUGAAGGGCGAUAGACGAGUAGAUCAAGCAUCUCCAAAACUGCAGCUCUUGUGGGUUGUUCCCGGUCUGCAGUGGUCAGUAUCUAUCAAAAGUGGUCCAAGGAAGGAACAGUGGUGAACUGGAGACAGGGUCAUGGGCAGUCAAGGCUUGUGGGGAGCGAAGGCUGGACCGUGUGAUCCGAUCCAACAGACGAGCUAGUGUUGCUCAAAUUGCUGGAGAAGUUAAUGCUGGUUCUGAUAGAAAGGGGUCAGGAUACACAGUGCAGGACGGGUCAGCAAAAGGGGGGACCAACACAAUAUUAGGCCUGUGGUCAUGAUGUUAUGCCUGAUCGCUGUAUAUAUAUAUAUAUAUAUAUAUAUAUAUAUAUAUAUAUAUAUAUAUAUAUAUAUAUAUAUAUAUAUGACGGCAUGAGGGAAUGGUACAGUUUAGUAUUUUCUUUUUUUUUAAUGAGAGUAUGCACUGGUCCAGAUUUGCACAUGGCUGAAUUAUAGUAAUAAUAAUACAGAAUAAUAUUCACAAAUACAGAAUAAUCAAUUCACACACACUCACACAGAAACACACACACACACACUCACACACACACGACUUCUGCAGGUUUGUUAAGUGCGUGAUAACCGGGCGCGCUCCUCAGAAGCCGGCUCCUUGAGGCCAAACUGUUCAGGAACUCACUUUAGACGGAAAACAGGACAGACCUCGAAACCCCCGAACUCUCACUAUCUCCGUGCUUCGUGUUCCUCUGUGCGUGUGUGUGCGUGUGUGUGUUUGCGUGAGUAUGGAAGCCGACUCCACUUCCCGUGCUCGUCCCGAGUGUGUCCGACGAUCCGUACGAGCGCAGCCUUCGAGCUCAUUUAUUUUCAUACAAAGAAAAAAAAAGAAGAAGCAAAGAAACAUUUUGUUCAGCUUUAAAAUGGUGGUGUUGGUAUUUUUUGUGGUGCUGCAGUAUGGUGUUUUGUGAGCAAAUCAUCUGCCAUGUGGUGUACACCAAAGCCUCAGAAUACCUCAUCCUAAAUCAAGCACGGACCCGGAUUUAUGUUUUAAAGCCAAAAAAAAAGAAGAAAAAGGGACAUUAUUUUGCAGUCUUCACUCCACCUCAUGCUGUUUCACUGAAUGAAAAGGGAUCAUAACUCAUCUAGUUACAAAGAUUUCCAGCAUUUUGCUUCCUGACUCCACUCCACGAGCCUGCACCGGUUUACAGGAACAUCCUACUUGCAAGGAUAAUGCGGAGAAAAUACCAUCACGACACGUGAUAUGAAUCCCCACCAAAUAAUGUGAAGCCAUAAUCUGAAUAUUUGUAUAUUUUCAACAAACCACGUCCAGAUGAGUUACCAUCAGCAGCAACAGAGCUCUGAUCGUUAUGUAUCAUUACGUUAUAAUAUAUCCCAACCAUCAUACCAGAAAAGUCUAUUCUUUAAUAAUAGAUAAUAAUAAUACAUUUUUUAUUUGUUUUUGUUUUUUUUUUAAAUCCAGUCACUCUUAUAUUAAAGCCUGGAUUUACAUCCUCCAUCUCCAGAUCUAUCUUCUGAACCCUACCUGAGGUUCAGAACUGAGGUUUCCUGGGUCCAUCGUCUCCCAUCAGAUUCUUCAGUAGAUCUUCAGUAGCCGGAUCAGAUGUGGUGGAUGAGGAAAGGGAAUAAAGAGGAGGAAUGUUCAUCCUUUGGAAUAAAUAAAUAAAUAAAUAAAUAAAUAAAGGACUAUUGUAAAUACAUCACAGUGAGUAUUGAGUAAAAGAGUGAAACAGUAUUGGAUGUGCUCACGUGUACUGUAUGCAUUCGUAAUAAGGGAAGUGGUUAACGUUUAUGCACUGAAGACGCGGACCAGCAAGACGAGAUCGCAUGUAUUCACAGACCACUAUUAUUAUUAUUGUUGUUGUUAUUUUUGGAUUUAUGAUAUUUGUGCCUUUCUGUUUCGUGUUAUUUUUAUGUUGGAGGAUUUAGGUUGGUGAGUUAGACAUGUGCCGAUAAUUCAAUGGUAAUGUGG